AUGCGGGCUCUGGCUGUGGAGAGGCCUCCAUGGGAUGCGGAGAGGCAGCCGUCGGGCAAGAUCCUCUCUCUGGACAGGCAAGGGGCCAAGAAAGUGCUGGAGAUCUACGUCAGGCGCUCGCUGAGCUGCUGUGAAAAUUCGCUGGUGGCCAAGAAGACGCUUCAGGAGGGAGCCAGAAGGCGAGGGAGGAAGGCAGGUGGGCUGCAACGGUCGAAAAGUGACUUCUGCAAGUAUUCGUGUGCUAAACUCAGCCCCAGGAAGGACCAGGAGGAGGAACCCAAAGCAUUGGACCUGGAUGAGGCUCUGGAUGAUGAGAGCAAAGCUCUCACAGAGCUCCCUAAAGAGGACCUGGAGCCCAAGAGGAAAAGCACAAAAAGCUCUUCCCAGGGCAAACCCCAACGCACCUGGUUCAAAAGUUUCUUAAAUUUCAUCUUCAAGAAAAGCCCUGAGGACCAGAAUAAAAACACAGGGCAAAAAGCAAAGGAGAAAGACGCCAAAGCUCCUUACAGCUCCAAGUCAGAAGGGGCGAAAAGACACGGAGGGGGCUUGAGCACAUCCUCGCCACUGGGCAGAGUUCCGAAGAAGAGACCCAGCCUCAAGAGGGUUUUCUCCUUCAAGAAGCACGCGGAGGAGGAGCGGGGAGAUGUGGCGACUGGCGUGAGGGCCAAGCGACCCAGCUGCCUUCCCCUGCGUCAAGUCCAGGCACCAGCCACGUCAGCAGACGUGGAGCGGCCCGACAGCUACUACGCACGUGUCUCCGAAGAGAUCGGGCUGAUCGUGCAGGGCAGCGAAUGCCAGGGGAGCAGAGCACGUGAAUGCAGGGAGCCACCACAGCCAUCCAGUGCCGAUGGGGCCGAUGAAGCCAUCAGGAGAAUCGUCGCCCUGCUCCAGAGUGCCGGAGAUGAGCUGGACAAGCAGGUGAAGGAAGAUGCACAGCUGUGGAGGUUCUUCAGAGACAUGUCCUACAGCUCCUUCAAGAACUUGGCCGAUGCCUACGUCCACAAGGAAAUGACGUCCAGCAGACCCGACGUCAACCCCCAAGAGAUCCAGUUUGCCUUUGCGGUGCACCUCACGGCCAAAGUGGCCGGCAUCUGCAACCAGGCCGUGAACAGGAUCAUGGGCUUCGGCACCCACUACCUGGAAGAUUCGUUCACACCCUUGUCCUACAGCAAAAUUCUCCAGGCAGCAGCCGCCGAGGACAGCCCGGCCGUGCCGAGGGACGUGUGUCUGGGGGACUUGCAGGCAACGUUCACCAGAGACCUGUGA